CUGCAGACCAGAGGUUCCAAGCGAGCAGAAAGAAAAAAUGGCCGACGCACCCCCCUUCUUCAUCUACAAGCUCGUCCCCUCGACGGCGCCGGUGCGCGAACCCCUCCCGGACCGGCUCCCCGUCAGCGAGCUCGACAACCAAUCCGGCUUCAUCCACCUCUCCACCGCCUUCCAGGUCCCCAACACCCUCAAGCUCUUCUUCAAAGACGAGCCCCUCGUGUAUGUCCUGCGCAUCCGCUACGACCAGGUCGAGCACGACAUCAAGUGGGAGAAUCCCGAGGGGACGGUGUGCGGGCCCCGCCCGACCGAGGGGUUGUUUCCUCACCUGUAUAACGGCCUCAAGCUGGGCAAGGAUGAGGUCGAGAGUAUAUCGAUUUGGACGAAUGAGGAUGGUUGGGAUAGGGCGCUGACGCAGGCGAAGCCUUGGUUGUUGUAUUGAUUACUCGGUUGAUUUGUUUUAUGGGAGUAGGCGGUGGGCGGAAGGGAUGUAAUUAUUACUGUUCUCUGGACGAUUGAAGGGGACGGGGUGUAGGGACCAGGGGUCUUUAAUGUGGGUAAUGUACAGCGGGAAAGUGAGAGAGAGAGGAUUAUCAGGUCUUUCUUCAAAGGGUUUUUGUUAAUGCCGAAUGUGUUUCGCAUCGUCAUCCGGCUGACUGGAAUCCAUGAUUCUCUAAUAAACUGCCGCUGUAAUCACUUGGGGGAAGACGUGCUUGCC